AUGCCUCCGAAGAAGGUGCCUGGUAAGGUGAGCACCGUGCGCGGCGCGUCGUACCCGCCGCUCACCGCGCCAGCGGCGCGUCCGCCCGCGGCCGCCGCGCCAGCGGCCGCCAGCGCCAGCCCGCAGCCGCUCGUGCGCGCGGCGGCGGCGGCGGCGAGCGCCGCGAGCAGCGUCUAUUCGGCGCUCGGGGUGGGAGGCGCCGGGACGGCGUCGACGGCGGGCGUCGGCGUCUCUCGCGCGCCGCCGCUGCCGCCAGACAUGGACGCCAGGCGGCAGCAGCGGGCCAACGCGCCGCCGGGCGAGGGUGGCGACGCUUGCGCGGUGGCUCGCGCGGGCGGCAACAGCGCGAUGGAGGGCGACGGCGCGGGCGCCGCUUCGGACUCCUCCGCACCCGCGGUCUCGUCCACGUCCGGCGGCACCGGCGGCAGCGGAAGCGGGAGCGGAAGCGGCGGCGGCGGCGGCGGCGGCGGCAGCGGCGGCGGCGGGGCAGGGUGCCCGCCGUCGAUGGAGCAGCAGCGGAUCGGGCGGUUCGAGGAGCUUCUCGGCGCGGAGAUUGUCGACCUGAAGGCGCUGCGAGCCCUCUCCUGGGGCGGCAUCCCCCCCCAUUGCCGCGCCACGGCCUGGCCGCUGCUGCUCGGGUACAUGCCGCCGAACAGGGCCUUCCGCGCCGCCGCGCUCAGCCGGCGGCGGAGGGAGUACCUCGAGUCGGUGCCGCAGCAUUUUGAGGUGUCGGACGCGGAACGGUCCGAGUACGAGAAGAAGACGCUGCACCAGAUCCUGAUCGAUGUGCCGCGCACGUCUACCAGCUCUCCCAUCUUCCAGUCGCCUCUCGUGCAGCGCGCCCUCGAGCGGGUUCUCUACAUCUGGGCGCUGCGCCACCCUGCGAGCGGGUACGUGCAGGGCGUCAACGACGUGGCGACCCCCUUCUUCCUCGUCUUGCUUGCCGACGGCUUGCCGCGCGGAUCGGCGCACACGGCGGAGGACGUCGACGAGGUGCACCGGAGGCAGCCGUACCUGCUCGCUCAGGCGGAGGCGGACGCGUUUUGGUGCCUGAGCCGCCUGCUAGAUUCGGUGCACGACAACUACACCUUCGCGCAGCCAGGCAUCCAGCGAAUGGUCUUCAAGCUCAAAGAGCUGGUCGCCCGCAUCGACGCCAAGCUGCACGCGCAUCUGCUCGACGAGAACCUGCAGUUCAUCCAGUUCGCCUUCCGCUGGAUGAACUGCCUGCUGCUCCGCGAGUUCUCGCUCGACUUGAUCCUGCGGCUGUGGGACACGUACCUGGCCGAGUACGGCGGCUCCGAGGACGUGAGCGACAUGUCACUCGUCGAGACGUCCGACAUCGGCGAGGGCUUCGCCCCGCUCCACGUCUACGUGUGCGCGUCCUUGCUCACGCACUGGUCCAAGCAGCUGCUGGCGAUGGACUUUUCCGAGCUCGUCAUGUUUCUGCAAAACCUGCCCACGUCCGGCUGGUGCGAGACCGACAUGGCCGAGCUCAUCUCGCAGGCGUAUGUCUACAAGUCGCUCUACCACCACGCACCGGGCCACCUCCUCCAGUGA